ACAGGAGCAGUGGAAAAAAGAGAUGUGAGAAUACAUAUAUGUAUAUAAAUAGAAGGAGAGAGAGAAAGAGAGGUGAAGUAAAGAAGAGAGGAGAAAAACAAAAACUGAGAGACUCUUAAAGAGAAAAGACCAAAGUGUGAGGCCGUGGAGCAGAAGAGCAGGAUGGGAGGAAGUGCGCAUCUGUCAGUGUAGGAUUUUCUCAUCAGUGUGGAAAGCCAAGCCGCGACAGGCCCAAGGAUCGAGAGCAAGUCUGUAGUGAACAUCUGUCAUGCAAAAGCAGGCAGGGACGGCCCCAUCUUCUCGGGGUCCUAGUGCCCCCGGAUCUCCAGCCACUUCCAUUGUGGCCAGAAUGGAUAAUCAGGUGAUUGGCUAUAAGGACUUGGCAGCGAUUCCGAAAGACAAAGCGAUCCUGGAGGUGGAGAGGCCCGACCUGAUGGUAUAUGAACCUCAUUUCAACAUGUCAGCUUUGGAUCGUAUCAGUCUGUCCAGGAGCAGAGAGAGAUCAAUGUCACCUUAUUCCAUCUCUCCCCCGCCUUCCCCAGAGAUAUUUUGCUCUAAAGAAAAGGAGUGGGUGGAACAUGACUCACCUAGUGCAUCCUCCAUGGGCUCGACCGUGCAGCUCCGCAAAACAAGCACCUCAUCCAGAGGCCCCAUACAGCACUUCCACAGACCAGACAACGGAACCAACAUCUACAACAAGCCUCCUAUUUACAAGCAUGAAGGAUCAGCGGCAUCCCAUAAUAAGCAUAAAGAUGAGGUCAUCAUCUUGUCUUCUAAGUUCCCAGCAGCCCAGCCUCCUGAUCCCAACCAGCCGUCUAAAAUAGAGACAGAGUACUGGCCCUGUCCUCCAUCGCUGGCUAGCAUGGAGAUUGAAUGGAGGAAGAAGGCAGCAGAACAGGGCAAAGUCGAAGAGGACGAUGAAUUUGAGGACCUGACUGAGGACGCAAAGAAGCUGCAAGAGCAGGAACUGAGCAAAAUCCAGUCCAACCUGGGUAAGCUGAUCCUGAAGGAGGAAAUAGAGAAAUCAGUUCACAUCCGGAGGAAAACGCGCUCACUGCCUGACAGGACGCACAUGCACUUGGGUUCAUCCAGUGGUGCAUCGAAAUCUGCCACUCUACCUCCCUGCAGUCGCUCCAGCCUUUCUCGGCUGCAGUCUGCUGAAUUUGCCUCAACAGACAAUGAAAAAGCCAGAACAGGCUGGCCAAACGGAGACACUCAGAGAGGGAGAAUGGAUCGAGGAAACUCACUGCCUAGCAUGCUGGAGCAGAAGGUUUAUCCUUAUGAAAUGCUCAUUGUAAACCACAGAGGGCGCUGUAAGCUUCCACCUGGAGUAGACAGAACCAGACUCGAGAGGCAUCUCUCUCCUGAAGAGUUCCAGAGUUUAUUCGGGAUGCCGAUGGCAGAAUUUGAUCGUAUGUCGCUGUGGAAAAGAAAUGAACUGAAGAAAAAAGUCUCGCUUUUCUAACACAAAGGAUCUGCCUAUGGACAAAAGCGUUCUCUGAUACUAACACAACUCAGACGUUGCAGGAUAAGUAAACCACACGUAACCCACUCUUAACUCCAACACAUAUAUGGUACCAUACGGCUUCACUAUGCCAAUUAUAGACUCGUGGGUAGUAUAUUAAAUUACAAAAUAACAGAUCCGUAUGUUGUCAAAGAUCACAAAUCCCUCCUCCUGAAGAGCUGCUUUCCUGUAAAGCUUCCUGUUCCAUGUUUAAGCCCAAAUUUGUCUCAGUCUUAAAGAAUGGAUUCUUGAAAAACACGCAGCUGUGUCUCUCAUGAGCUGUUGCGUGUUAGAUAUGACAUGCGAGCGAUCAGCUUCGAUGCUACUUUCAGCAUCCGUAUCUCUUUCGCCUGAAAACUUGCCUCAUAUACGUGUGUAUUAGGACAAAAUGAACACACUCUCAGCAGUAAGAACCACUGAAAUGAUUACUUCAGAGAUUUACACAGUCACUUCCCCUCUGUACAGAGCCAUACUGGUUCAGUGAUUCCCAACUGAGAGAUCAUCAGGUGUACCGUGAGAAAUUAUCCAGUUUCACUGAAUUGGGCCGAAAAUUUUUAUUUCUUUACUGCAAAUAAUUUGUCUUCGUUCGUCUAUGCCAGCGACAUAUAGUGACAGGCAGAACAAUUAAAUACUCUUCCACUAGAUGGCAGCAGGUAGCUAAUUAUCUACUUGUUGCCAUUCAAACAAUAGAAUUAGUAAUGCUUCGGGUUAGAGCCCUGCACUCCCGUGGGAGUCCCGCGGGACCCGAUGCAAAGCAGUGCGGUACGGGACAAAUUUUGA